AGCUCGUCAACCACCUCCGUAGCUUGCUAGCCAACAUAGCCGAAAGAUUCAAGCUAUUUAUACGACUGCGUUGCCCACUCCAGUCAGCAGACGGAGAUGUGCGUCUUUUAGGUUCAGGCGAUGCUGCCAGUGUGACGUAUAAUCUAGUGGACGGGACGCUCCUUCAACAACAACAGCUAGUCAGACACCUCGGUAGCUUUCUAGCAAACAUAGUUACAACAUUCACUCUCUUUACACUGGUUUGGUGUAUAUUAGUCGCUGUGUAUUAAACACACUUCUGUUGUAUGUACUUGUUGGCCCAUUUAAUUAUAUAUUUACGUUGUUUGUCAGUUAGCUAGUUUGCUAAGUUCGCUUAGAACUAAGCUAGUCGCUAAUGCUAACUAGCUAACAUCUCCGACCAUGAGUUCACUAAGCUACUCUCCUCCUGCUAAAGAAGAGGUGGUCUGCUGGACGAAGAAAGAAACUCUCGUCAAAGAGGAGGAGGCAGAGAAGGAUGGUACAAUACAAAAACAAGUAGAGGAUGAGGUUGUUACCGUGAAAGAAGAAGAGAAAGACGUUUCAGUGAAAGAAGAUGAAGAGGCGUUCCGAGUGAAAGAGGAGGCUGUUACAGUAAAAGAAGAGGAAGAGAAAGAGGAGGAUUCCGUUUUUGGGGUGAAAAAGGGGGGGGGAGAUGACUGUCACAUUGGAGGAGGAAGAAGAGGAGGUUGGAGAUCUGUUUAAUACCAGAGAGAGACGGGACUAUCGUGGAUCCUCUGGGGAGCCUCAACAACAUAAUGAUGCUGAAGAGGCAGAGAAGAGUCUCUCCAGAUCAGAACUCCUCAAGAAACACCAGCAGAGACCCUCUAAGAUAUCUAACUGCUGCUCUGAUUGUGGGUUAUAUUUCUCAAUACCAAGUUCACUAAAAGAACACCUGAGAACACACACAGGAGAGAAAUCUUAUAGCUGUGGUCAAUGUGGGAAAAGUUUUGCCUCAUCUAGCAAUCUGACUCUACACCAGAGUAUACACACAGGAGGGAAACCUUAUAGCUGUGGUCAAUGUGGGAAAGGUCUUGCCUCAUCUAGCAAUCUGACUCGACACCAGAGAAUACACACAGGAGAGGAAUCUUAUAUCUGUGUUCAAUGUGGGAAGAGUUUUGAUCGCUAUAGCUAUCUGACUAAACACCAGAGAACACACACAGGAGAGAAAUAUUAUAGCUGUGACCAGGGAAUAUCAGAAAAUGCAUACAUGAAAUUAAUGAAUUAAUGUCACAAAAUGGAAUGUUUUAAUAUUGUAGUAGGAGUAUUUUAAUAAUGUCACAAUGUAGAACCCUAAUUGUUUGGCCCUUUAUCAAUUGAUUUCAACAUAAUAUGGAUAUUAGCCUCAGAGGCAAAAUCCAGGCUCUGAAACAGAAGAGUACUAUUUAAGAGAUUUAACAAAAAGUGACUAAUUAAAAAGGGUUGCGUUACACUUGAAUCAAAAUGUAGCUAGCUGUUUUCUACAAAUUCUCCUCUAACCAGUGAUGUACACAUUAUUCCCAGAUUCCGUGUGGUUUUUGAGCUGCUAGUUUUAACAGGACGUGCAACCUCAUCUCCCUCUUCUCGCACAAUUGAUUUCAACAUGAUAUCGAUGAGUGAUGACAAAUACGUGUUGUGUUCCUUUGUUUAGCGACCCCUACAUUUAAAUGAAUCACUCCAAAAUGUAGCUGACUGUCUUCUGCAGGUUGUCCUUUAACCAGUGAGGUAAAAGAUAUCUCCCAUUUCCAUGUGUUGUUUUUAGUUGUGUUAGUCAACCUGAUUUCCCCCCUAAUCGAUAUCAAUGAUGUAUUGCUACUUGUCAAAACAACAGCAUUUUCGGUGCUUGUGCAGUUAAUAAGGUGCUUGUUUAAAAAAAUACAAGUAAUAUGAUUAUUGUGGCAGAUGUUUGUGUAUAUAGUACAUUUUAUGUUUAGGUUUUCAAUUUAUCACAAACUGUUUCUGCAUUUGGACUAUUGAUUUGGACACGUUUAAACUGUGACAUUGGGGAUAUUCCACCUAGCAAAAUGUAGUUGAAAAUAAGACUAUGCCCGACGUACAAUAUAGGUUUGGUUUUAGUUGAAAGUGAAAGUUGAAAACAAUUUAAUUUCAACGUACUUGCAGCCUAUACACAUGGACGCAGUAUAAUAAAUUGGUCUAUAAUCAAUUUUAUUAACAA